AUGUCGAAGGCCGUCUACAACCGUCUCAGUCCUCGUCCAAAGCUGAAAACAACGUCUGCAGUUCUUCGCAGUCCUGGUGGAAUUAUAAGGAGCGGGGGGGAAUUUAUCGCGACUACGCAGCAUUACAAUCGCAACUUUGCGUUCCGUGUUUUCGUCCUUGACGUCGACACCGACUGUCUUCUCAGUCGCGACGCCGCAGCUCGUCUGGGACUGAUCUCUCGAGACAGAAUAGACUCCGCCAUCCUCGUGUUUGGCGAUGUGGGACCUAAACCUAUACGCUGCGAGCCAGUGAAAAUCAUCUUGAAAGACGAUGCACAGCCAUACUCUGUGAACGUCGCACGUCGGAUUCCCAUUCCACUCAUGGACGAAGUUAAAGCUGAACUAGACCGCAUGGAAGCCGCAGGUGUCAUUGAGAAGAUCAGCGCUCCAACUGACUGGUGCGCGCCGAUGGUCCCGGUCAGAAAAAGGUCUGGUAGUGUUAGAAUCUGCACAGAUCUGAAAAAGCUCAACCUAUCGGUGAAGCGUGAACGAUUCAUGCUGCCCACCAAAGAAGACAUCUUGUACAAACUCAGCGAAUCAAACAAGUUCAGUAAGCUUGAUGCAACUUCAUCCUUUUGGCAGUUGGCACUGGACGACGACUCCGCGAAGCUGACCACUUUCAUUACACCGUUCGGUCGGUACUUCUACAGACGUCUCUGCUUUGGAAUCACCUCUGCGCCUGAGAUAUUUCAGCGUACGAUGCAAGACAUUCUAGUGGGCAUAGACGGUGUAGAGUGCUUUAUGGAUGAUAUCCUGCUGCACACGGAUGGUCAGGAGAAACAUGAUAAGCUGAAGAAGGAAGUCUCCCAGCGGCUAAAGGAGCGUGGGGUCAAGUUGAAAAAAUCCAAGUGCAGUUUGACAAGGACGAAAUCGAUUUUCUUGGCCACAUCAUUAGCGGGAAGGGUGUAA